AUGUCAGCUGAAAGAACCUUCAUUAUGAUCAAGCCCGAUGGUGUCCAAAGAGGUCUCGUCGGUCAAAUCGUCCAAAGAUUCGAACAAAGAGGUUACAAGUUAGUCUCCAUGAAGUUCACCCAACCCACCAAGGAAUUAUUAGAAGAACACUACGCUGACUUAAAGCAAAAGGGUUUCUUCCCCUCCUUGAUUGCUUACAUGCUCUCUGGUCCCGUCGUUCCCAUGGUUUGGGAAGGUAAGGACGUCGUCAAGCAAGGUAGACAAAUGCUCGGUCAAACCAACCCCUUGGCUUCUCUCCCCGGUUCCAUCAGAGGUGAUUUCUCCAUCGAUAUCGGUAGAAACAUCUGCCACGGUUCUGACUCCGUUGAAUCUGCUCAAAAGGAAAUCGCCCUCUGGUUCAAGGAAACCGAACUCACCCAAUGGAAGUCCUCCACCCACGAAUGGGUCUAUGAGUGA